UGUCUUUGGGAUCUAAUUUUAGGAUACGAUUCAUUAGAAAUUAUCCCUUUACUUGCAGUCACUAUAUUAAGUUUCCGAAAAGAAAAUUUGAUGCAAGUCAAUAAUCAACAAAGUGUAGAGAGAUAGAAGAAGUCUCUUGGAGGGGGACUUUCCUGUUUCCGCCUGUCAGCCGUAGACUGCUAGAAAUCAGAGACGCCUAUCUGCCAUCGUCGUUGUGUUUAUAAUAGCUGAUUUUUUGCUGAAUUUAAUUCUUCAUUAAUAUUUUGUGAAAAGCGUGCAAAGCCACGCCGAAUAGAAACUUAUUACAUGAUUUAAGCAUAAAUUGAUCUGAAAGUUAUAAUUGAAAACGUCAAAAUGGCUUGGCGUUUUAAAGCAUCUAAAUAUAAAAAUGCAGCUCCUAUUGUUCCUAAACCAGAAGCUUGUAUUAGGGACAUUUCAGUUGGUUCCUAUCAAACUUAUGGCAAUAAUAUUACAGCAUCUGCUGCAUUUAUGGCAUUUAAUGUAGAUCAUAAUGGAUCUAAUCUUGCUGUAUUACCAUUGGAAGAUUAUGGAAGAAAAAGCAAAACUAUGCCUUUACUUCAUGCUCAUGCAGAUACAGUAACCGAUAUGGAUUUUUCUCCAUUUCAUGAUGGUUUAUUAGCCACUGGUUCCCAGGAUUGUCUUGUUAAGCUAUGGCAUAUUCCAGAAGCUGGCUUAGAGGAACCUUUGUGUAAUCCUGAAUGUACAUUUUCUCAUCGUCAAAGAAGAGUGGAAGUGGUGUGUUGGCAUCCUUCAGCAGAACAUCUUCUUACAACAGUAUCAUAUACAAAUUUAUCUCUAUGGGAUGUGAUUUCACAACAAGAAUUAUUUUCUAAUAAUGAACAUACAGAUGUUAUUCAAUCUUUAAGUUGGAAGCAAGAUGGUAUACUUUUAGCUACAUCUUGCAAAGAUAAACAAGUAAGAAUCAUAGAUCCUCGUGCUUCUACUUGCAUUGUCAAUUCCUGUUCCAGUCAUCAAAGUAUCAAAGAUUCUAGAUGUGUUUGGUUGAAUAACAGUGAUAGAAUACUCACUACAGGAUUUGAUGCAGCAAGAUUAAGACAGAUUUAUAUAAGAGAUUUGAGGCAUUUAAAUGAACCUGUAAAAACCUUAGAAUUGGAUUGUAGUACAGGUAUUCUAAUGCCUCUUUUUGAUCCUGAUACAAAUAUGCUUUUUUUGGCUGGAAAAGGAGAUACUACUAUUAUGUACAUGGAAGUUAUGGACAAAGAUCCAUUUUUAGUUGAAGGUAUUCGUCACAGUGGAGAACAAACAAAAGGAGUAUGUUUAGUGCCAAAACGAGCACUAACUGUGAUGCAAGCUGAAGUUAAUAGAUUAUUACAACUUACUUCCACUAUGGUAAUACCUAUUAUGUAUCAAGUUCCACGAAAAACAUACAGAGAUUUUCAUGCUGACAUUUAUCCAGAUACAAUAGGAUGUGUUGCACAAAAUAACGCAGCAGGUUGGAUUAAAGGACAUAAUAUGUCUGUUCCUAAAAUAUCUUUAGAUCCUGCUAAGAGAAAUAAGGGGGAAGAAUCCAUUACUGUACAUAAAGGAAACUUAGCAACACUCAAAGAAAAUGAACGAGAAAUAAAAAUAGAGCAGAAACAAUUGAAAUCCAUAACUAUUGCUGCAUCAAAAGUUUAUAUAAAAACGCAAGAAGAGAAUGACAAAGAAUUACUAUCUGAGGAUGAUAUUGAAAAAUUAGAAGAUCCAAAGAAAAUGGAAAUUGAAGAUGAUAAAAAUAAAGUACAGAAUGGAGGUCAAAUGAUUCCACCAAAACCUUUGCCAAGGUCAUCAAGAACUAAUAGUAUUUCCGAAGAUGAACCGAAGCCAGUCGCACGUCCUCGAACAUCGCCAAAUAUGGGCUCAGUAGUUACAUCCGUGAAUCCUAAUGCGAUUGGGGGAUAUAAGCCUCGACUUGGACCAAAACCGUUUCAAGCAAAAUCAGGUAGUCAAGAAUUUUCUUUUGACAAGAUUUUUUCGGUUCCUAUUGCUCCAAAUAAUGACACAAAUGGUUAUCAAAAUGAUUUAAAUAAUCAAAUAGAGAAUAAUAUUGAACCAGAGAAAUCACCAUCAUUUAAUAAUGAACGCAUCAAAGAAACGGAAAAUGGGAAAAGUGAUUCCAGUUCUUUAGAAGAAGAUGCAAAUUCAAGUGAUUCUGGUUACAAACCAAAAACACCAAGUACUGCAGAAAGACGCAAAGUUUUUGAAAUAAAGAGUAAAGAUGAAUCACCAGAAAAUGAAGAAUUAGGAAAUUUCGAACGAGGCAAUACAAACAGAAAUUCUAUUGCUGAGAGAAGAAGACUUUACGAAAGUCGUUCUGUAUCUGUAACUGAUGGAAAUUUAGCAGAGAAAGCAAUGGGUUCGCCAACAAUGUUGAGACGUAGAGAUUCCUUUAAAACCAAAAGUGAGGUAAUUAAAGAAGAUGAAGUUAAAAAAGUUAUUUCAAUGUUGCGGCAGCAAAGUAUGGAUCCGCGAUUGGAAAAAGUGGAUAAUUCUGUGACGCCAACGCCAAAGAGAACAUCAACUGUAUUUGGUAGAGUAUCAAAAUUUCGACAUUUAAAAGGUACACCUGGUCACAAAUCUACUCAUAUUGAAAAUAUAAGAAAUAUUAGUCGUCAAAUAUCUGGAGAAUGUGAUGGUUUUCAUGCUAAUUCCGAUCGCGUUGCGGUACCACUUAGUGGACCAGGUGGCAAAAUAGCAGUUUUAGAAUUGAAGAAAACCGGAAGAUUACCAGAUGGUGUAAUGCCAGCAUUAGUACAUGGUGCUACUGUAAUGGAUUUUCAAUGGAAUCCAUUUGAUAAUCAACGAUUAGCUGUUGCAUGUGAUGAUGGAAUGAUUCGGUUAUGGGAAAUACCAGAAUCUGGAUUAUUAGAACCAACAAACGAACCAAAAUAUAUUAUAAAGGCUCAUACUGAUAAAAUAUAUUUAAUUAAAUUUCAUCCACUAGCAUCAGAUGUUCUUGCAUCAGCAUCUUAUGAUAUGACUGUGAAAAUUUGGGAUUUGACGCUUUUGUCAUCUUGUGAUACAGCAGUUGCGAAAAUAACACUAAUGUGUCAUACCGAUCAAAUUUUUAGUCUUGCAUGGUCACCAUGUGGUCAAUAUCUUGCAAGUACAUGUAAAGAUGGGAAAUUACGAAUUUACAAACCAAGAUCUAACGAUGUACCAAUUAAAACUGGGAAAGGACCUGUUGGUACUAGAGGUGCACGAGUUAUAUGGGCAUUGAAAGGACAAUUUCUUGUUGUAUUAGGUUUUGACAAAGUUUCGGAAAGACAAAUAUAUGUUUUUAAAACGGAUAAUCUUAAUACACCAUUGACAACAGUUGGAUUAGAUGUGUCGCCUGCAAUUUUAAUGCCAUAUUAUGAUGAAGACAGUUCCACACUUUUCUUAACAGGACGUGGUGAUUCUACAAUAUACGCUUUUGAAGUAACAGAAGAACCUCCAUAUUGUUGUCCACUUAGUCAUCAUCGAUGUAGUACUUUGCAUCAAGGUUUAUCAUUUCUUCCUAAGAAUAAAUGCGAUGUUGCUAGUGUAGAAUUUGCAUCAGCAUUAAGAUUAACAAAUAAUACAAUAGAACCUUUGAGUUUUACUGUUCCACGUAUAAAGAGUGAAUUAUUCCAAGAUGAUUUAUUUCCACCAACUAAAAUUACAUGGAAACCAACUAUGACUGCUACUGAAUGGUUUAAUGGUGCUAACAAGCAAGCAUAUAGAAUAAGUCUAAAACCACCUGGCAUGGACAACUUAACUGAAAAUCAAGGACAAGGAAUAGUUACAGCACCUAUUGUAAAACAACAAUCAACAACACCAUUUUCUGUAUCUGCUCAAUCUUUCAAUAGACUAGGAUGGAAUCCUGAUGUGAAAGCUAAACAAGAAGAGAUCCAAAAAACUAUGAGUAAUUUUGUGGGUGAUGUAAUACAGUGCUCCUUGGAACAAGAUCACAUGGAAGGUGUAGAGGAACACGAAUGGGAUGAGUAAAAAUUGGUACCGAUAGGUAAAUAAUCAUAUAAAAAAAAAAGGUAAGAUGAAAUAAAUUUAAAUAUAACUGUUUGAAACAUAACUUAUUUAUAAGUUAAAAAUCAUAAUAUAAACAAAAAUAUUUCAAUAAUUAAUAUCAUACAUGUUGAGAGAUAUUUAUAAUUGCAAUAAUAUUAUAAUUGCAGUUUUAAAAAAAUUUUUUAUUCCUUUUUAUUUCCUUUUUUAUUUUCUUUUUUAAUAUUGAAUUUAUCAUAUAAAUUUAGUUUGAAAAAUAUAAGGGACUAAAUAUUAAAAUAUUUUUAACUUUAUUAAUAUUAUUUUUGUGAUUUAAUUCUUAUAAUUCAGUAAAAAUCCUUGUAAAAAAUUUGUAAUUCUUUUUAUAAAUAAUUUUUAUUAAUUGUCAUUUUAUAAUUUUAAUAUUGAAGAUAAAUGCAUAAAAUGAAUAUUAUAAGAAUACAUUAAAAAUUUAUAUUUAUAAUUAUUGAUCAAAACUUAUCAGAAUUUGACAAAGUUUUGAUUAUUUUUACGAUUUUAAAGUCAUCAAUAUUAUCUCAAAAUAUAUUUUUGUGAAAAUAAUAUCUGUGAAAAUAAAUCUACUGAAUAAUUUUUUUUUAUUUUUAAAAUUUAAAAAUAUGUUAUUUAUAAAUUUUAUGAAAAUAUAGAAAAGUUCAGUGUAUUAGAAAUAAGUAUUGCGUAAUGCAUGAAUAAAUUUUUAAUUUCUUUCACAAAUUAUUUUUAAUAAUUUUUUGUAACAUAGAUAUACAAAAUCAUAUUUGUUAAAAUUAAAAUCAUUUGAAUAAAUAUUUUUUGAAAAAUUGUUUAAUAUUUCUAAACAAUUAUAAAUUAAUAUUAUUCAACAAACACUGUUCUUUUCUUUUGUUAAAUAUAACAAUAUGUAAUAAUUCAUAAAAUAAUUAGUUUUGAAAAAAUUAUAUAUGAUUUAUAUAAUAUAAAUGUAUCGUAUCUUUUUUUAUUUAAUAUUAUGAAUGAUAUUCUUAGUACAUAUGCUACUGUAAUGUAAUCAUCAUACGUGUGAUACUAGCGAACGAUAUUUUUUUUCAUGAAUCGAAGGUCAAAAAUUUUUACAGAAUAUCGUAAUACACACACGCACAAAGAUAAAUAAUAGAAAAAUUACAUAUUAGUAAAUCGUCAUUUAAGUAAAUUAAUAUUUACUUAAUUAAUACUUAUAUAGUAUAGUAAAAUAUAUACUCGGUAAUAACAAAUUAUUCAAUGAUUCUAUUGAAUAUAACUAAUAAAUUAAUUUUUAUAUACUUUCAAUUUCAACAAAAUAUUUGUAAAAAAAAAAAUUACGAUCAAAUUCGAAAUGUAUUGUACUUGAAAACAAUUUUCCAAUUCAUUAUGCAUGUAUGAUUAAAACGUAAAAGCGUAAAUUCCAUAUUUAUUAGUAGUCAGAAAAAAAAAUUUUAGAUUAUAAAAAGUGUAAAAAUGCCUAUUUUCUCUAUAUAGUAUAUACUGACUUUGUAUUUUUUAAUAGUUUAAUAUUAAAUAAUAAAUUAAGAGAAUAAAUAAAAUAAUUUAUCAUUUUUAUAAAAUAUAUUCGUUUACAAUUUUAAAUAUAUUCUACUCCAUUAAAUAAACAUUUUUUAUCAUAUACUAGAAUGAUAUAAUCAUCUUGAAUGAUAGUUUUUCAUAACUAGAAAAAAUAUAAUAGCGUUCCUAUUCGUGCGAUUGAAACUUUUAUAUAAACAAUAUUAUAUAAAUAAAAAUAAACAUAAAGAUCCCUCCAUUUGUAAUAAUUUUUAAAUAUGUCUACAAGCAAACAUGGAAUUUACGCUUCCAUGUAAUCACGCACAUUUUAUACCUUUAUAUUAAUUUUAUAUUACCAAACAUCGAUAAUUUAAUAAUCAUAUAUAAAAAAAAAUAAAUCUAAUGGUGCUGUGUUAUUUCGACAAAUUUUAGUCUGUAGUUAUCAUAAAUACAAUAAUAAAAUUAACAAAAAACAUGAUCAUUAUUCAGUUUGCUCAAUGCUUUAAAAACAAAUAACAUUCCAAUUUUGUAUUUUAUCAUAAGAAUAAAUAAAAUUAUCAUUCACAAAAAAUUAAAUAGGUGCCAAAAGUUUCAUACAACAAUUAAAAGAAAGAAAAAAAUAUUUGAAUUAAGUUCUUUAUAUAAUAAACUAAAUAUAUUAAGCAUUUAAAAAAAAUAUAUUUUUCUCUGAAUUUCUUACAUAUGUAUUACACAUUUAUACCAUUUUUAGAAAUAUAAUGUUUUCUUUCGUAGAUCAAAAGUAACGAUAAAACUUUUAUAAAUAUCGAAAUGAAAAAAAAGCGAAAAAAAACAAUAAUACUUUGCUGAAAAAAAAUAUAUAACUGCUAAUCGUCCGCAAUUCACAUUUGUAUGUUAAAUAAUUAUAAAUAUUCAAAUAUUCUAAAACUAAGAAACGUCAUUGUUGCAUAUUUUAUUAACUAUAUUUUUAUUUACUAUUAUACUUUAUAUAUUUGAUAAAUAAAUUAGAAUAUAUAUAGAAAAAUUAUAUAAAAACAAUAUCUCGAAAAAUUAUUUUUAAAAAUUUUUUAAAUUUCUAAAUUUUUUUAUAAUAUUUUAAAAUAAAACAAUAGAUAUAAUAAAAUUUCAAUAAAUGGAUAAAAUUAUCAUAAAAUAUUGUUAAUUUUGAUAAUUAUUCAAUAAUUAAUAUGAAUUUUCGUUAACUGUGAUUUAAAGAUCUUAUUUUAAAAAAUUAUUUUGAUUGCAACAGGAAGUUUCUUGGUAAUAUUGCGCUAUGACUGAUCGCUAAGUAAUUUUAUCAUGUAGUAAUAUAUCUUUGUAUCGACCUUAUACAUGUAUUUCACUUAUAAAAUCUUUUUAUCAAAUA